AUGCUCGUCAACUUCUUGAAUACACCCGCUGGCCGUACUGCCUCGCCCACCGCCUUCCACUCACCCGGUGUAUCGCCUCAGUCGCCCACCGCGCUCGUAGAAAAUACUGAUUCCCGCCGACCCAGUCGAACCCUCGUCCCCUGCCCCGCAGGCCCUGUGCACGACUCCGUCGCCACGUUGUCUCCUGAAUCCGACACCACCGUUGGCCCUCCCCAGACUGGCGGGGGCCCGCUCAGCAAGACCCAUGUCGUCCCACCACGCCCCAAGCCCGGCCGCAAGCCUGCCACCGAGGAGCCAGAGUCGAAGCGCAAGGCCCAAAACCGACAGUCGCAGCGUAACUUUCGCCAGCGCAAGCAGAGGACCGUCCUGGAUCUGCAGGAGUCGUUGAAUCAGGUCUCUAGGCAACUUUUGGAAGCUAAUGCUGACCACGCGAGAGAGAGAGUUCAAUUCAAAGGUGAAAUCGAGAGCCUCAAAAAUCACAAUCAAAGACUAGUCAACGAAGUUGAGGAGUUGAGAGCAGCCUGCAAAUAUAUGCAGGACAGACUGUCAGCUGUCGCUGGCCAACCCCCUUCUAUGUCUUUCUCCUACUCCCGCCAUGACACUCCUCUCCGCAGGGCCUUCGAUACCGACUUCAAUGCCCAGGCUCUCGUUCCUAGCCCUCAACCAACAGACUUGGGAUGCGACCGGUGCACAAAGGACCAUUGCGCCUGUCUAGCUGAGAUGACCAAUGACGCCGCUUUCCAAGGUCCUGUCGACCCCAUGACAGGUGUUCUUCGCGCCGACCAUGGAGAGCCCGAUGACGGCAAGCCACGCGACCACAGCGAAUUCGAAACAGACUUUACAGCUGCAUUCAGUAAACAAAAGCCUCAUGAUGCCAACCCGGCUGCACUCCUCGCUUCAGCCGAAGACGCAAAGUUUCCCGAUUGUGGUUUUUGCGCAGACCAGCCAGAGUCUUGCAUCUGCAGAAGCUUGCGUUCCGAAGCUGCCGAUACAACCUCAUCACUGGCGCCCAUUCCAAAUGCCCCUUCUGCUGAACCUGUCAAGUCAAAUGUGGCUGUGACCGGUCCCGGUUCCUGUGCUGAUUGUCAGGCGAACCCCGAGCAGCGCGCCUGGUGCCAAAGAGUUGCACAGCUUCGCAGCGAAGCGACACCGCCCAACUCUCGACGCAACUCAACAAAGAGUGUUGUGCUAGGAACCAUGGAGCCCAAGGCCUCUACCAGUAUCGAUAUGAGCAGCCCCGUGAGUCGCGGAGACACUGUUGGCUGCAGUGAUGCCUUCAAGCUGCUGGUUGGGCGAGUCGACACGCAAAUGGAUUGGCGUCAACUGAAGCCUGUUCCUCCAACCUUUGCGCAGGAAGAUGCUCGAAAGAACACAUUCACUAUGGAGCCCGGCAUGUACAGUGCUAUGGAGCUAGAUGCUAGCAGCAUCCUCACUACUCUGCAGCAUGCUCCGGGUCCCAUCAAGCCUCGUCCAUCCGAUGGUACAUAUGCACGCUUGGUCCAGGAAGCAGAAGAGAGGCGCCGAAAGUCUUCCACUCCUAUGAAAAAGUCCGAUGACCAUCCCAUGUUGGAUUGUGAGAAGAACUAG